AUGGAGAGGGUUUCCGGCACAGAGUGCAGAGUGGGCAAGGCUGUUAUGAGCAACAAGGAGGAGGAGAAAGAAUGCCAAAUAACCAAAGAAGAGAAGGGACGGAAGAAGGGGAAGAAACAUAAGGACAAGGGUCGGGGUGGCGAUUGUGAGGGCAAGGCUGUUAUGAGCAACAAGGAGGAGAAAGACUGCCAAAUAACCAAAGAAGAGAAGGGAAGGAAGAAGGGGAAGAAGCAUAAGGACAAGGGUCGUGGUGGCGAUUGUGAUAGCUCAAUUCAUUCUGGUGACAGGAACCAUAGCAUUGAGAUGGAGCAAGCUGAUGUGUCAGCCACGAUGGCUGAAAACCCCUGCUUGGAGCAUGCAGAGGGUGCUAUGAGCAAAAGCUUUGUGAAGAAACAUAGGAAGAAAAAGAAGAAAGAUAAAGAGGUUGAAACUAAUGGCCAGACUCAGGUACUUGACGCUGAUGAAGAUGUUGGGUCAGAAGGUGUGGAGAGGAACAACGGAGAAAGAGAACAUGAUAGGAAGUCGAAGAAGCGCAAACGAAAGCAUCAGGAUGAUGAGACUGCCUCGAGUGGUUCUUCUGGUAAUAAAAUUGUUUUAGGGAAAGAUAAGAGGAGGAAAAAGGAGUGUUUAGUUACCUUGGACUUGGAAGAGGGCAAUAAAUCUGACAUGUCAAAGAUCGGGAAGAAGACAGAGAGCAAGAAAGAGAGGAGAAAGGAGAGAAAUAAUAUUGGUGUUGACCUAAGACAAAAUGCACCAGCUGGAGAGGGCAAGAAUGGUAAGGGUAUCAAAGAGAAAAAAGUGUGUGAGGAUGAGAAUGAUGGCGGUGAAAGAGAAAAAGAAAACAUGGCAAAGCGAAAGGACAAGGGUAGACGAGUGAGCUUCACUGAUGAUGUGGAGGUGUUUAAUAUAGGUGGCAGUGAUGAUGUAGAGGGUGAUGGGAGUGGUGAAACUGAACUUGUGCAUGGACGACGGUUUACCUCUGAGGAAGAUGCGAAGCUAAUGGAAGCCAUGGUGAAAUAUGCAGAGAUGAAGCAAUUAGGAGAGAAAGGGUUAGAGAUGAUUGGAGAUUGUAUUAAACAUCCAGAGCUCAGGGGUUGCUGGGUUGAAAUAGCAAAAUCAUUAUCUCAUAGACCCGCAAAAGCCGUAUACAAACGUGCACGGAUCUUACUUCAAAGGAGUGCUGAACGUAAAUGGACUGAAGAGGAGUACGAGAUAGUUCGACGAUUUGUUGAAAAGAAUGGCAGAAAUUGGAGGGUAUUAGCAAAAGAACUUGGAAAGAAUGAAAUCCAUGUAAAAGAUACUUGGAGACGAAUCAAGCCCAAAAAUUUGAAAAGAGGGCAUUGGACUCAGGAUGAGUACCAAAACUUAUUUGAUUUGGUAAAUUUGGACUUGCGUGUGAAAGCCCAUAAAAACUUCGAUCCUGGUCACCGUCGGAUAAGAGAUAACAUUUCUUGGGAGGCUAUCAGUGAUAAAUUAACCACUCGUAAUAACCACGACUGCUGCAAGAAGUGGUACCAGCAAUUAGCAUCACCACUGGUUAAAGAAGGAAUCUGGGCAGAUACAGAUGAUUAUCUGUUAGUGGAAGCGCUUCAAAAUGUUGAUGCUGUUUGUGUUGAAGAUGUUGACUGGGAGAACCUUCUUGAGCAUAGGUCUGGGGAGCUUUGCCGUCAAAGAUGGAACCAGAUGGUCCGCGUGAUCGGUGGCCACAGAGAUAAGCCUUUCAUUGAGCAAGUGGAAGUGCUUGCAAGGCGGUACUGCCCAGAAAUGCUUCCGUACAGGAAAUCAAAAGCAGCUGCCGGCGGCCGCCGCCUCGCCCCUUCCCAGCUGCUGCCACCUCCAGCUCCGCGGGAUUACGAAGAUAAACUCCUCCAAUGUUUAGUGUUGUCCUCCUACAUCAUCCUGUCUUUGCUCUACUACUGCUCUGGGAUGGAUUCGGCAGUUCUGGACCAGGACCAAGACCAACUAUACAGACGACUGUACUGCCCACUAGGACCAACUAGGCUCGACUAA